GGGGAAGAUGCUCAUGUUUAAAUUUUGUAUAGUUUUAGUGGUCGGUUUGGCUGGUGUUAUGGCCAAACCUGCACCCCUAACUCAGGAACCAUCAUGUGGAUACGAAUCAUGCCAUCCAAUAGAUGACAAAAAAAUAAAUAUUCAUUUAGUUCCACAUUCCCACGAUGAUGUUGGGUGGUUGAAAACUGUUGACCAAUAUUUUUACGGAGCAAAAACUGAAAUACAAAGCGCCGGUGUUCAAUAUAUAAUCACCAGUGCUGUGGAAGCCCUAUUAAGAAAUCGUGAUAGAAGAUACAUCCAAGUCGAAACAGAAUUCUUCAAAAAAUGGUGGGACGAAGCGACGGAAUCUCAACGCGAAGAUUUCCAAAAUUUAGUCAACCGAGGCCAAAUCGAGAUGAUCAACGGCGCAAUUGCAAUGAACGACGAAGCUUGCACCAACUACCAAUCCACCAUAGAUCAGUUCACCUGGGGUUUGCGGUUUUUGAACGACACUCUAGGGGCGUGUGGUGCCCCCAAAAUCGGGUGGCAGAUCGAUCCUUUCGGUCACAGUAGAGAGCAGGCGAAUUUGUUUACCCAGUUCGGUUACAAUGGGUUUUUCUUUGCUAGGUUGGAUGAGAAUGAUAGGUUGCACAGGAAGGCAAACAAGAGAAUGGACUUUUUGUGGCAAGGCAGUGAUAAUAUUGAAAGUAGUAACAUAUUUGGCAGCGUUUUUGGCUCGGAUAACCUCUACUUUCCUCCACAAGAUCUAAAUUGGGAUGUUGGCGAGACGAACGAUCCAAUAAUCGAUAAUCCAAGCAGCCCUGAUUAUAAUGUACCCUUUUUCCUUAAAAGUGUGCAAAAUACAGUGAACAGAUACAAGAAGUGGUUUCCUACAAAUAACUUACUUUUUACAAUGGGUGGGGAUUUUCAAUAUCAAUCAGCUGAGAUGCUUUACAUGAAUAUGGACAGAUUAAUAAAAAUAUUCAAAAAUCACACCGAAAUCAACGUGAUCUACUCCACGCCGUCUUGCUACCUAAAAGCGGUAAACGACGCCAAACCAAACCUAACCCUAAAAACCGACGACUUCUUCCCGUACGGUAACAGCGACCACGAAUACUGGGCCGGAUACUUCACCUCAAGACCCAACUCGAAGAGAUUCGAAAGAGUCGGAAACAACAUUCUUCAAGCUACCAAACAAUUGACGGCGUUGUCGAAAAUCCUGUCAGGUCAUGAUUUUACCGAUGACGUGAACGACCUGAGGGAACAAAUGGGCAUCAUGCAACACCACGAUGCUAUCACUGGUACAGAAAAGCAAAACGUUACCAAGGAUUAUGUGAGGAGAUUGACGAAAGGGAUCAGGAAUGCUGAAAAACAUUUUUCUGAAAUUUUAGGAUCCUUUGUUACAUCUGAUAAUAAAGACAUUUUACUAAACCUGGAUCUUCAAACUUGUCUUCUAUCUAAUGUCAGCAUUUGUACCACUGCAGAAAAAAACGUUAUCGUCGUAUAUAAUCCACUUUCCAGGCCAGUUUCUCACUAUGUGCGCAUCCCAGUACCUGAAGGAAGUUACAAAGUAUACGAUGCAGAAUCAAAACCAGUUCACUGUGAUAUUUUGCCAGCCAUAUCCAAAUUUAAACAUAUUCCCAAAGAAGUUGGAACGCCUUUACCGUACGAUUUAGUUUUUGAAGCUAAAAUAAAUGCCUUUGGAAUGUAUGUUUAUUACUUGAAAAAAACAGGGGAUAACACUAAACCCGGUAGUUCAGUUAAAACGCAAACGAAAUUUGGAAGUUCUGAAAAUGGUUUUGAACUGAACCCAGAAACAAACCUACUCAAAUCCGUCACCAUCGAUGGCGUUACUGUCGACAUAAAGCAAGAAUUCCUCUACUACCAGAGCGCCAAAAAAGAUAUUUGGUCCGGCGCUUAUUUAUUCAGACCGUUGCCCGAAACUGUGGCGAUUAGUUUGUCAGAAACUGUUUACAUUGAAUCCGUUUCUAGCACAACCAGCGUCGACGAAGUGGUGCAAGUGUUUAAUGAUUACAUCAAACAAAUUAUAAGGGUUUACAAGGCACCAGGACAUAACUAUGUCGAGUUUGAUUGGCUUGUUGGACCAUUACCAAAUCUUACUCUACCUAACAUGGGCAAUGAAGUAAUCACCAGAUUCACAGUAGCCGAUUUCGACAACAAAAAUGUAUUCUACACCGAUUCUAAUGGCAGACAGUUGAUGAGAAGAGAAAUCAACAAACGUCCUGAUUACACGUAUAAUCAUACAUAUGAACCAAUUGCUAGUAAUUAUUAUCCUGUAACAUCAAGGAUUCUCAUAAGAGACGAAGCUAAGAAUCUUGAAGUAGCUAUUUUGAAUGAUAGAUCACAGGGCGGUAGCAGUUUGAAUCAAGGAGAAAUAGAGCUUAUGGUUCAUAGGCGUCUUUUCCACGACGACAACAAAGGCGUGAACGAAAACCUAAACGAAACAGAAUUUGGCCAAGGUGUCGUGGUAAGAGGAUCUCAUUUGUUGACUCUUGGACCAAUCACAACGACAAACAAAAACCAAAAAAAUGCGGAAACCAAAGAAAAAAUACGCGAAUUAAAAAAACUAUUGUCUCCAAUAGUUUUUGUAGCCCCCACUGACAAGACGAAAGAAGAAAUCUUCAAGGUCAUCAAUGAAAACAGCUUUAUUUAUGCAGGGGGCUCAAAUAACAACCCUGAGGGAGUCCACGUUAUGACUUUUGAACCUUGGAAGGAGGAUAGUUAUAUUUUGAGACUGGAAAACAUUUUUGAUGCAGCAAAUAGCACUGUUUCGGUGGAUCUUAAUAAAAUAUUCCUCAACAUCAAAUUUAAUAGUAUUAAAGAAACCACUUUGGCUGCUAACCAUUGGUUAGACGAUUAUAAAAAAAUUCCUAAAUUUUCUUGGAGUACUGACGUUAAAGACACCUCUGGUUGGACUGUAGAUAUGAGUCAAGAUGAUGGCACGAAAAUUACAUUGACACCUACAGAAAUAAGAACGUUUAUUGUAAAAGUUUGAAAUAUUUUUUAUAAAUGUUUAUAAGUUGUUAAGAAUAUUAAUAAAUUUGUAUUGAUAUUUAA